CACAUGAUGCAUCUGCAGAGCUGCAACUCAGUUAUUGAAGAGUGAAUAUCUGUUAUUUUAAAUGCUGUUUUUACAUCGCGCAUUACAGUGAAUCUGCUCACUGGAGCUGAGGAUGCUUCAGCAUGCGUCCCGGACGGUUCUCUAGAGUUUUUACUAUUUUAAUGGAUGGAGCUCUGGACCUGCUCAGGGAGCUGAAGAACAUCAAGAUGUCUCUGGAGACGCUGCAGGUAAUUCACGGCACCGCCAAGGGCAUCCAGUCGACCAGAGUCGGGAUGUCAGUGAACGCGGUGAGGAAACACAGCUCAGAUGAAGAAGUUCAGACUCUGGCCAAAACUCUCAUCAAGUCCUGGAAGAAGCUGCUGGACGGGUCAGAGGGGAAGUCUGAGGAGAAGGAGAAGAAGAAGGAGGAAGGCUCUCCUGUCAGGUCAUCGUCCACCUCCAAGGACUCUGGCAGCAGUGAGAAAAGCAGUAAGAAGUCAGGGGAGUCACCCACCACGCCCACUACUCCCACUACACCCACUACACCCACCAGCCCCACGACCCCGACCCUCCCCCCGCGGGUCACCUCCUUCCCCCCCGCCCCCGUCACCACCGACAGCGUGCGCAACAAGUGUCGAGAGCUGCUGGUGGCGGCGCUGCAGACCGAUGAUGACCACAGGACCAUUGGAGCGGACUGCGAUCAUCUUGCAGCUCAAAUUGAAGAGGAGAUCUUCCAGGAGUUCAAGUCGACAGAUAUCAAAUAUAAAACUCGUCUACGAAGCCGAAUCUCCAACCUCAAGGACCAGAAGAACCCCGAUCUGCGGCGUAACGUCCUGUGUGGAAACAUCUCGGCUCAGCGCAUCGCCUCCAUGACCGCUGAGGAGAUGGCGAGUGCCGAGCUGAAGCAGAUGAGAGAAGCUCUUACUAAAGAGUCCAUCAGAGAGCAUCAGCUGUCGAAGGUCGGGGGAACCGAGACCGACAUGUUUAUCUGCAACAAGUGUCACGGAAAGAGCUGCUCGUACACACAGGUGCAGAUCCGCAGUGCUGACGAGCCCAUGACCACCUUUGUGUUGUGUAACAGCUGCGGCAACCGAUGGAAGUUCUGCUGAAGAGGACGUGUGUGUGUGUAUAUUAUUAUUAUUAUGAUGAUGAUGAUGAAGAAAAAGUGACUAAAGUGAAUUGAAUUUGCAUUUAAAAAAUGAAUUUUCUUUUUUUGUUUUAUUUUGUACAAUUUCUUUUUAUAUAUAAAAGUUUAAAAAAAAGCUGUAAUAUAUUUAGAAGAAAAAUAUGCCAGUUUCAUGUUGUGUAUAUGGUUUCAUUUGUUUUGUAUGGAGCACUUAGAGUUUUUUUUGAAGCUUUAAAGCCAGAUUGAAUCACAUUUAGGCCUUGUGGGAGCAGCGGAUGUGCCUUUCUUUGCCAUGUUGUGCUGCCACAAUAUUUCUAUUAAAGUUGCUCUUGGAUUAAGGCA